CCACUUAACCCCCAAAAAAAACAUGUUCACAAAACCGAUCUUUUUAGCUUCCCUUCUCCUCAUCAUCUUCGUCUCUGCAACUCACUCAGCUCGUCACAAGAGCGGUAACGAUGGUUCAGGAUUCGGAGGUGUACCCGGAUUUGACGGAAUACCCGGAUUCGGAAACGGGUUCCCGGGGACCGGAGUGGGCGGUGGAUAUGGCGGAGGGUACGGUGGUCCGAGCGGUGGUUACGGAAAAGGAGGUGUGGUGAGGCCGACCGUGACUUGUAGAGUGAAAGGUCCUUGUAACGGUAAGAAGCUGAGGUGUCCGGCCAAGUGUUUCAGCUCUUUUAGCCGCUCAGGGAAAGGAUACGGCGGUGGAGGAGGAGGUGGUGGAUGCACUAUGGAUUGUAAGAAGAAGUGUAUUGCUUAUUGUUAGAGAUAAAAAAUAUCGCAUCUUUUAUAAUAUAUAGUCAUUACAAUGAUUAUAUAUUGCUGCCGUAUGCUAUGUUGUUCUAGCUUAUAGUUGAUGAACAUAAGGAUCCUUUUGUCUGGAUUCGGAUGUAGUAGUUUUUAUAUGCAUAAUAUAUGGUUUGUGAUCAAUAAAUGAGGAAACUUAGCGGUUUUCUCAAUUUGGUUUUGUUGUAUGAGAGGUUACGAGUUUUCUUA